CACACAAGCGGAGCUACUAUAAAUAAAGCUCCGGUUCUGAGUGACUACACUCAAAGGAGUCAGAAGAGGGCAGAGUGAUAGUAGGAGGCGGUUCCUCUCCCCUCUCCCUCCUCUUUGAACCUGAGCCAUCUCACUCCAGCAUUCAUCCUGUUUCAACCAAUAGGCCCAAUGAGCUAACUGUGCGCCACCCACUAUCAGUCUGAGAGUGUGUGUGCGUAUUUUUCCUCCUCCUUUCCCUUCCUUUUAUUAAGCCAGUGCUGAAUGUGCGCAGACCGUCACAUGUUGUUUCCCCUCCUCACUCCGGACGCCAGGAGACAUGUGUUAUUUAUCCCUCAGCUGUGGGAGAAGAAGAACACAAGCGGCUCCAGGGAUACGAGGAUUACACUAAAAGCGUCACCGUUUCUUCAGCCAUUUGAGGGAAACGGGGAAGCGAGCAAGCAAGGAAAGACCGGAGCAUUGUGUCUGCGCGCUGCGUAAAGGGACGCAAAAGAAUGGCGAGUCCGCCGAACACGGGAGAUCAGCCGUUACUACCCAGCAAUGUGAACGGCCGGGUCAAGAAAUGCGGUUUUCUGAAGAAGCAAAAACACGGACACAAGCGCUUUUUCGUGCUGAAGGAGCCCAGCGAGGGUUUCCCUGCGCGCCUGGAGUACUACGAGAGCGAGAAGAAAUGGAAAAACAAAUCGGCGGCGAAGAGAGUGAUUCCUCUGGACUCCUGCCUCAACAUCAACAAGCGGGCGGACGCCAAGCACAAAUAUCUCAUUGCUCUUUACACCAAGGACGAAUAUUUCGCCGUGGCCGCAGAAAACGAACAGGAACAGGAGAGCUGGUACCGGGAGCUGACGGAUUUAAUAGCGGAGGGGAAAGUGUACGACGGCUCUGCGUCCAACUCUGCGUCCUCGCUGGUUGGCUUCGACGAGGCGAGCUACGGUGUAAUAACGCCGGUCACUGCCUCCUACAAGGAAGUGUGGCAGGUAAAUCUGAAGUCGAAAGGCUUGGGGCAGAGCAGGAAUUUAACCGGGGUGUACAGACUGUGUCUCUCCAGCCGGACUAUCAGCUUUGUCAAGCUGAACUCGGAGGUUGCCUCAGUCAUUUUGCAGCUGAUGAACAUCCGACGUUGCGGCCACUCAGACAGCUUUUUCUUUAUCGAAGUGGGCCGGUCUGCGGCCACAGGUCCGGGUGAGCUGUGGAUGCAGGCGGAUGACUCAGUAGUUGCGCAAAACAUCCACGAAACCAUUCUGGAGGCGAUGAAAGCUAUGAAGGAGCUGUCUGAAUUCCGCCCGCGCAGCAAAAGCCAGUCAUCUGGUACAAACCCAAUAUCAGUGCCCACAAGGAGGCACCUGAACAACCUACCACCCAGUCAGACGGGGCUUCCUCGACGGUCACGCACUGACAGCAUGGCUGCAACUUCUCCUGUGAGUAAAUUUUCUUCCUGCAGAAUACGAACAGCCAGUGAGGGCGAUGGAACCAUGACACGCCCCAUGUCAGUGAAUGGGAGCCCACUCAGCCCGGGGGUCCACAGGACCCUCCUGAGCAGAUCACACACAAUUACAGCUCACCCCUGUCGGACAUUUGAAGCUUCUUCCCUUCAACACAGCAAGUCUAUGUCUAUGCCACUGUCCCACACCCCACCAGUAGCCACUCAUAGCCUGGUGAGUCUGUCCUCCUGUCCAGACACAGGUGCCCCCCGACCCUCCAGCUGCAGUGCCUCCUUCUCAGGUUCACCCAGUGAUGCUGGCUUCAUAUCGUGUGAGGAGUAUGGAUCCAGCCCUGCUGAUGUGCGUGAGAUCAGAUUGUCACUCACCCUCCGAAGCAACACUCCCGAGUCCCUCAGAGCCGACACUCCCCCCUCCCGUGACGGCAGUGAGCUUGACGGCUACAUGGUGAUGGAGCGGCAAAAUGUGAAUGGUUUUCGUCGAUUACCAGAGCUGGAUAAGGCUUAUCGAAAACGCACCUACUCCCUCACUACCCCCCGCCAGCAGAGGACACCUUCUCAUGUGUCUUCGGCCUCUCUGGACGAGUACACUCUGAUGAGGGCCACAUACACAAGUGGAAAUCAGUCUUCCCGUAGGUGUCAAACAACUUCCCCUAAGGGGACCUAUCCUGAGGACUACAGGGAUGUCCAGAUAUCAUCGAACAAUCCACACACUGACAGUGGUUACAUGCCUAUGAUGCCAGGUGUGGCACCUCCAACACCAGGGUCCAAGGAUUACCCCUACAUGCCAAUGAGCCCAAUGUGUGUUUCUGCUCCAAAGCAGAUCAUCAACCCCCGUUUACACUCCUCUUCAGCCGGGCUGGCCCCGCACACAGACUCUCCUGGGAGUGUUUCUUUAGAGGACAGUGGCUACAUGCCCAUGUGGUGUGGAUCCAAGAUGUCUGUGGAGAGUACUGAUGGAAAGUUAACCAAUGGAGAGUAUUUGAAUAUGUCUCCUGUAGAUCCUCUUGUGUCUCUUACACCCCCAGAGUACAUCCUUAGCCCCACAGGAGGAGAUUCUCACCCCACACAAUUACACAGACAGCCUUUUUCUUACAGCUCUUUACCACGCUCCCUUAAAGGUCAGCUGCAGCGCAGCGGGUCCACAGACACAGACCAGUAUGUGGUGAUGAGUUUACAACGGCAGCGGAUAGAAGAGGAGCCCAACUAUUGUCCAGUCUCUCCUGGACAAUCAGUGGCCAGCACCUGUGCAGACACACAGAGCACCGUGUCGUCUACUGUAGCUCCUCUAAGACUUGCUCGUGUAGAUGGGGUGAUGGUACACCGUAGCAGGGUGUGUCGGCCCACCCGUCUUGCCCUGGAAUCUCUCAGAACGUUACCAUGCAUGAGUGAACAUCCCCUUCCCUCAGAGCCACGCAGCCCUGGAGAAUAUAUCAAUAUAGACUUUAACAGUGCUGUCCAUGACCCUGAGCCACCCACUGUGUCAGAGAGCUGUGACUCCUCUGAAAAUUUGAGGUGUGGAAACCAGGUCUCUAUACCGCUCUCAGACUGUACUAAAAUUGACCUCAACUCCUCACUUCACUCUAGUUCACAGCAAGCAAGGGCUUCCUCUCUUCAACCAUCUAUAAACCACACACCUGAAGUCUCGGUCAAUACAAAGCAGGGCAUGCUGGGAGAUGAAGAAAAGACAAAAAAAAGCACAAGACAGACAGAGGAGAGGGAGGUAGUAGAGGAAUGUCCUCCUCAGCAGCAGGUGAGCCUGGUGUGUCAGCCUGUACCAGUCAAGGAUGACUACACUGAGAUGACUUUCAGUCCUCCCACCACUCUCCCUACUCUCUGCAGCACUGAUGCUGCUUCUCUCCCCACCAGCCCUACCUCCUGUGUCCAGAGACUUAGCCUUGAAAACAGCACUGAGAAUGGAGUUCCUCUAGUGCAGGAGGACUCAUUUCUUUUGAGGGGGCCUUCACUGUCCGUCACCCUCGUGGAUCCUCACAGGGGUGCCAAAGUCAUCAAGGCUGACCCACAGGGUCGCAGGCGGCACAGUUCUGAAACCUUCUCCUCCACCACAACUGUCACACCAGUGUGUCCAUCCUUUGCUCACAACACCAAAAGGCACAGCUCUGCCUCUGUAGAGAAUGUAUCUCGGACUGUUUGUAGCUCAGAGGGACCUGAUGAGGACUAUAGCAACAACAGUUCAAUGUGCAGGGAGAUGUCAACAGGUUAUCAAAAUGGACUUAACUAUAUUGCCUUAAAUUUGAUGGAGGGAAGCUACGGGGGAUGCCGUUUAGGUGGCUGCGAGGGCCUCCUGAGGUUCAAGACAGCGUGUGGUUGCAAAGGCGGAAUGAAUGGUUUCAGCACAAGCCCCUAUGCCAGCCUGGGAUUCAAGGAGACAGCUGCAGCUGCUGUAAAAGAAUGAAGGCUUCUGGGAUUUCGCUUCCGCCUCCCCCAUCACCCUCCCUCCAUGUGAACGUAGGACUUGGCUGCAGCCAAGUGACAAGGUCGCCACAGAGACAGUUGGACCAUGCGCUGCAGCUAGUGACCUUUGACCCCUUUGCUGCCUUCAGGGUUCACGGGAACUGUUAUUACCAUGGAAACCCGGACACUUGACCUUUGCCCCAAAUCUUCCCUCCCGUUUCUCUCGGCACCAAAACAUUCAGGCGCCAUUGCUGCUGUAGUACUAGAAAGACACAAACUUAAAUGGACUACUAACUUUAACUAUGGAUAGGUAAUUAUUUAUCUAUUUAUCACUGUAUGUAAGCCUGCAAAACAAUUCUGCAGUAUAUGAUUAUGUUAAUUGUUAUUGUUUUUACCAUUCAAAACACUUGGUUGGCAAUUUGAUUGGUUUUGGCCAAUAGCUGCCAACAGCUCUCACCUGAUAACCUGUGAACCAAACCUGGAGAGUACGUGCGCACACAUACAUGCAAAAAACCCUAAGCGCGUACAGAUUACACAUAUUUAUUUAUUUAUCUAUCCUGUCUGAAUGCAAAAAAAGGAAAAUUGUGUGUUUUUUACAGAUUGUCCUGCAUACGAGGUGGCAUUUAUGAACAUAUUUAAAAAUCCAAUUUAACAUUUGUUUAAAAAAAAAAAGAAGAAAUCCUACCUCAAUAAGAACCCAGGUUGGUACCAAUUCACACAAUAGAAAUAUAUAAUAUAAAAUAUUUAUUUUCAGAGGUGAACGUUUUUUAAGAAUCACCAAUCCAAAGCCUUAUUCUCUCCGCCAGGCGCCAUCUGACGGACCUUAUUUUUUAAGUUUGGACCUAUAAACACGCAGUAUAUCAAAGAUUUACCCCAUCACCAGAGACUGAAUGUGCAUCAGAGCUGAAUGAGAGCCACCCCCUGUUUGAGAUUAGCUUCCUUUUUCUCCCCGCAAACAUUUGUGACACUAUUAUGUGUUGAGAAACAUAGUAAUAUAUUUAUUGGUAUGUCUGUGAUGGAGGACAUAUGACACACUAAAAGAAUGCUUAAAAAGCCUCACACAAGACCUUGACGUUGCCUGCGUCGUACAUGUGUGCAGGUGUCUUACAUACUAGAGAAACAGCGUGAGGAGUGCCGAUAGGAACUGUGGCCUCUCUACGGUCUGGGUACAAGGAAUAGAUGCCAGAAGUUGGCCGGAAUUUCACUGCUGCUUUUGGAAGUAACUCCUUCUGAUUGGGAGUUCAGCUGCUUCAGCUUUUAACAAUGACAGUAAAGAGAAAUAAUUACCACAUUUGAAUUGAUGUUUGACAUUAACACUUGCUAUUUAUAUUUUUUCUGUGACUUCCAAAAUUGAGAUUAUCUCACUGUCCCCUGAAGCUAUUCAUUACAAAAGAAUUAGGGAAACCUCUAGAUUAAUUCAUUCUUAAUCCUUGAUUUGAUGUCGGUUGAAUCUAAAAUUAAUUUCCCCCAAUUUCACCCUCCCAAAUUUCCCCUUGAUCCUUGGUCAAACAGACGUGUACACAAUUUAAUACCAAAACAUUUUGUGGCUAAAAAGUAUUUGAUCAGUUAAAAGUUUCCAUCUACUUGACUGGCCCUUAUUUGUAACAGAUCUACAGAUCCAGUAAAAAGUCAAAAUAAAUCUAUUCAUUGAUAUUUACUGGCUCAUAAUUCAUAAGGAUUUACUUCCAAACCCAGUGGAAACGUGUGGUCUAUACACACACACACACAUAGCGCCUUCAUACACCUUCCUUCCUGUUCACCUGUGAUCUCCUACAGGAUGUUUGUCUUUUUUAUAGCCUUUCAAAACAGGGAAAGGGAAAUGAAUGUUGAGAAUUAUUUGUGCAGAGUAACUGGACACCCCAGUGUCUUCUUGAACAUUUUCUCACCCGAUGCCUAAAUGCGGGCAUCGUGUCUAACAGCACCGGACAGCACUGAGCAAUGUGGCCAAGGCAGGACGCAGUCACUCAGUAGCACGGACUCAUGGCCUCCACUGCAUGGUCUUGCACUUACAAACUUUCUAGAUUGUAACACAAGACACGUUGAAUGUAGUAUAUGCUGUGUUCCAAGUUUGGGAACACACACACAAACACACAAAUCCAACAAACAUCGCAAACAACCGUGACAACCGUACUGGAACAUGCAGAGGUAGUGUGGAGACGAUAAACUGACAAACAGCCAAACGACAGACCUACACCAGGGGAGAUAUACGUAUAUCUGUAUUUAUCUGAAUUCACUGGUACCUAACCUUUUACUUAUAUACUGUAAAUAGUGCAGAGAAUUACAUCGAAGCAAAGGCUGCAAAGGUUUUGAGACGUUAAGUUAAAUAACUUAUGAUGUUUGUAUUGUACAUAGUCUGUGUUUGAGUGAAAUUUCUUUCUACAACAAAAGCACUAAUUAAGUUAUAUGCUAAAUAGUACCGUGUGGCUUUGAUUUUAUUUUUUAACUGUCGUGGAUUCGUCUUGUGAAAUGGAUGCCACUAUAAGGACAUUUUCUAAUGCUGUAAUUCUGGAAGAAGAAAAAAAGAUUUAAGAGAAAUCAUUAAUACUUGACCUAGUUAAUUCUUGUUAAUAAGGUACACAACACAAAUGGCAUAUAUGCAAUAUUUACACUUUUAAAAAUUUAGUUUACAAAAAUGUACCAAAUGUAUAAAUAAACUGUUAAUAAUGUUUCUUAAAAUACCUGAAAUCAGAUUUUUGCUGUUUGUAAUUUUUUUUUCUUCAAUGAAAAUGGAAACUUUUUUUCUCUGAAAAACUAAAAAAAAUCUCUCCCUUUGUUUUGAGCAGUGUUUUGCAUUUGGCUACAGUUUCGGGUUUGUAUUCAUUCUAAAGGUUACGAUGUGGGCCCUCGGCUUAUUUUGCUGUGUCUUUUCAUUGUAAAUAUUUCAUAUCUUGCAUAUUGUGAUGCUACUAAGAGACGAUAAUUUAAACAUAGUUCAUUGCUUUAGAUUGUAUUGAUUCUUUAUAGACACAUGCAAUAAAUAAUGAUGUUAUUUAAGUCA